UUUGAUUUUGCUGUCAAAUCAGGAAUAUUUACGUCAGCCACGUUGGAAGUGCCAACUCCGUAUUUUUAUGUUUUUAGUGAGACAAUUGCAUCAAGAUGAAGAUCAAGGAGUUGAAGCGGACGGUGAACAUGAGCUGGUCGCCGGCGGAACAUUAUCCGACGAUGCUCGUGACCGGCUCCGCAGCACAGCAAGUUGAUGCUUCGUUCAGCACGAAUUCCUAUUUAGAACUGCACUCUCUUAACUUGGGUGAACCGAGCCUUGACUUGGAAGUUAAAGCAAGCAUACAGACAAAACAUAAAUUUCAAAAGUUAGUCUGGUCGGGUGCAGGAGUGAUCGUGGGUGGCUGUGACGGAGGCUUGCUAGAGUUCUACAGUGCAGACAAACUGUUAAAUAGCGCCAGUGAUGCUCUUGUUGGCAGCAGUUCCAAACACAGUGGUAAUGUGUCAGCCCUAGACAUAAAUCCGUAUCAAAAGAACCUAUUGGCAUCUGGUGCUUCUGAAUCUGAGAUCUUUAUAUGGGACCUCAACAACACAAGCCAGCCGAUGGCUCCGGGCAACAAAAAUCAGCCAUACGACCAUGUUCAGGGCUUGGCUUGGAACCAGCAGGUUCAACACAUCUUAGGGUCCACAUUUGCCACAAGAUGUUUAGUAUGGGAUCUUAGAAAGAAUGAACCAAUAAUGAAAUUAAGCGACGGGCAGUCGCGCACGCGCUGGCGCGCGCUCGCGUGGCACCCGCGCGUGGCCACGCAGCUGUGCGUCGCCUCCGAGGACGACCAGGCGCCCGUCGUGCAGCUGUGGGACCUGCGGCUGGCGGCGUCCCCGCUGGCAACGCUGGAGGGGCACGAGAAGGGCGCGCUGGCGCUGUCCUGGUCGCGCCACGACCCCGACCUGCUGCUGUCCGCCGGCCGCGACGGCCGCCUGCUGGCCUGGAACCCCAACAACACCAAGCCGGGCGGCGAGCUGCUGCUGGAGCUGAGCCGGCAGGCGGCGUGGGUGUUCGACGUGGCGUGGGCGGCGCGCGAGGCGGGGCUGCUGGCCGCCGCCUCCUUCGACCAGACGCUGGCGCUGCACACGCUGCUGGCCUCCAGCAGGCCCAUGGUGAGGCGCGCCCGGGACGCACACAGCAUCAUCGACUCGUUCGGCGGCGCGCUGUCGUUCGCGGCGCUGCCCGCGGUGCCGGCCGCCGCGCCGCCGCCCGCGCCCGCGCCGCAGCCGCCGCGCGCGCCCGCCUGGCUCCGCCGGCCCGUCGCCGCUAAGUUCGCUUUCGGUGGUAAACUAGUAACAUUCGAGAAAUGUUCACAAGAGGAGGGACCACAGAAACUAGUUUACAUUAGUCAGGUAGUGAGCGAACCGGAAAUAGUUGAAAAAGCCUUAGAGUUAGACACAGUGAUAAGUCUAACUCUAAGUCAAGAGCCUGGAGCGACGGAAAAACUAGCGGAAUACUGUCGAGUAAAGGGCGAUGCCGCGACAGAUCAGAACGAGCGCUUCUCGUGGUUCUUCCUGCGAGCGAAUUUCCUGCCCUCUUAUCGGUCAGAGAUACUUAAUUUACUUGGUUUCAAACAAGACGAAGUCGUAUCGAAACUCAAGAGUCAACUUACGAGCGGUGAAACUCGCGCCGCGCAAGAUGCGGCUGGACUAAGCAGGGUAAAAAGCACUGAGACCGAAGCCGAACUGUCGACGGAUACGAGUACUGAUCAUUCGUCUGACGCUCAGACACUGAUAGAGAAGAAGCUCGCAAGCAUAGAACUGGAUCCCAACGUGACCAACGUUGUCAUACCCAGCGGUGACGACCCGACGAGCCAGAUCUGCCGCGCGCUGGUGUGCGGCAACAUCGAGGAGGCCGUGGAGCUGUGUCUGGACGCCGGCCGCGUGGAGGACGCGCUCAUCAUCGCCUCGCUGGGCAGCAAGGAGCUCCUGUACCGCGUGCAGCGCGCACAGCUGGCGGCGCGCGGCGGCGAGCCCGUGGCGCAGCUGGCGGCCGCGCUGCUGCGGGGCGCCUGGGACCAGCUGCUGCGCGCGCUGGCGCCCGCCGCCUGGACGCACGCGCUGGCCGCGCUCGCCGCGCACUGCCGCCGCGACGCGCUGGCGCACUACUGCGAGGUGCUGGGCGACAAGCUGUCGGCGGAGGCGGACGAGUCGCUGCGCGCCGCCGCCGCGCUGUGCUACACGUGCGGCGCGCACGGCGACGCGCUGGCGGCGCGCGCGCUGGGCGCCGAGCUGGGCGCGGCGGCGCUGGCGCGCGCGGCGGAGCAGGCGCUGCUGACGCGCGCCGCGGCCGCCGCGCAGGGCCGCGCGCUGCGGCCCGGCGGCGCGCUCGAGCAGCUGCUGGCGCGGUACGCGGCGCGGCUGGCGGCGCAGGGCUGUCUGCACAGCGCGCUGGCCGUGCUGCGGGGCGCCGGCGCGGAGCUCAGGGAGCGCCUGGAGAUCGCGCUUGCACAGAAGCAGCCGCUGCCGCAGUCCGCCGCGCAGCCGGUGCGCACGCGCACGUCCAGCUCGCAGGCGCAGGCGCGCCCGCACUUCGCGCACAAUGACGUCACCGCGUACAGCGCGCAACCAGCCGCGCCUGCGUCUGAUACGAAUUGGUCGGGCGCUCCGCCGCCGCGACCUCCCAGCGUGUCCUCACAGCCGGGUGGUAUUAUCGGUCGUUCGAAAUAUAAAGUCGAUCCAUCGGUUGCACCUGCACCCCUUUACAACCAAUACAGCUAUAACAACCCCUCCCAAACCUCCUACGGCUACAACAGCCCUCUACCCGACCAUUUUAGUGCCGCUAGUGUGCCUAGCCAUAAUUUCGCACCGAUCAAUCAACAACCCACUAACCCAAAACCACCUGUGAAUACGAUGAAUAUAAUGAAUCCUGCGCCAAUUAAUCCAAUGAAUCCUGCGCCAAUGAAUCCAAUGAAUCAAGCGCCAAUGAAUCCAAUGAAUCAAGCGCCAAUGAAUCCAAUGAAUCAAGCGCCAAUGAAUCCACUGAAUCCGAUGAAUCCUCCAGUAAACGGCAAUUAUUACCAGCCAGACGUAGGGAUGUCAGCGCCCCCACCGCCCAAGCCCGCCGCUCCAGGCUGGAACGACCCUCCCAUGGUCACAGCGAAACCAAAGUGCUUUGGGCAUGAAGAUAUGUCAGCGUUACACGCUGGAACACGACAGUGGAGAAACAUUAUAGAGCACAGAGGACAAGUCGAGCCCAAGCCAGAGAUCCAACCUCAAGCUCCUAUCACACAUCCCUUAUUCGGUGUCGAACCACCGCAAUACGUGCCAUUAGUACCCACAUCUCAGUACCCUGGCCAACAACCUCAGUAUCCUGGCCAGCCGACACAGUAUCCCAGUCAAGCUCCCUACCCUGGCCAGACUCAGUACCCUGCACAGAUGAGUCAGUACCAUGGUGACCAGGGUCAGUACGGUGACGAUUACUCCAGGUCAGCCGCAAUGCCACCAGGGCAAUAUCAAGGGAUGUAUAUGCAGCAAGGUCAAACCGGGUAUCAACAACCGUUGGAAACCCCGGCGCCAGCGGAACCAGAGCCCAUACAAAAAGAACCUUUACCCGAUGAAUACGUUGAACUGCAGACUGCGUUUGAUUCGUUACGGAGUGCUUGCUCUGAAAAGGCAACUAACCCGCAAAUGAAACGAAAACUCGAAGAUGUCCAGAGGAGGCUGGAAACGUUAUACGAUAUGUUGCGUGAAAAUAAGCUGUCGGAGGCGGCGCUGCAGUCGCUGCGCGAGGCGAGCGCGGCGGCGCGCGCGGGCGAGGCGGAGCGCGCGCUGGGCGCCGCGGCCGCGCUGGCGUCGGGCGCGGACUUCGCCGCCGCCGCCGCCUUCCUGCCCGGCCUCAAGGUGCUGUUCCUGCUCGCGGCGCAGCUGCGCGUCGUCGCGCGGUGAGCGGCCACUGUCGCCACCCUCUUGCAAGUCGGCAGCCAGGCGACUGUAUUGAAAAAAAAAAACGUUUUUUAUCAUGGUCACCCUAGUUUUGUUACGUAAUCUGGUAUUCAUAGUGUGAGCCGGCGACUGUCGCCACCCUAUUGCAAGUCGACAGCCAGGCGACUGAAUUGAAA